AUGUCAGGCCAAACUUCAUCCUCCAAUCCUACCAUUGCUGAUCCCUACCAAUAUCUUCAAAUCAUCCCUAACCCUAAUGGCACAAUCACCCGUGACCCCAAUAGAUUUCCGAAUUCCUCACCAUCACCUGACCCCAAAAACCCUACUCCUGUCCUCUCCAAAGACACAGUCAUUAACCAAUCAAGAAAAACAUGGGUUCGUAUAUUUUUACCGAGGCAAACUAUAGUUGAUUCUUCUUCGACCAACAAGCUUCCUCUUAUAGUCUAUUUCCAUGGUGGGGGAUUUAUCAAUUGCAGUGCAAGUUCCACAAUUUUUCAUGAUUUUUGUUCCAAAAUGACUCUUGAUCUUCAAUUUGUUGUCGUCUCCGUUGACUACCGUCUCGCCCCCGAGCACCGUCUACCGGCAGCCUAUGAUGAUGCUGUGGAGGUUUUGCGUUGGAUCAAAACCACCCAAGAAGAUUGGCUAAUAGAAAAUGUUGAUUACACUAGAUGUUUCAUUAUGGGCAGCAGUGCUGGAGCUAACAUUGCUUUCCAUGCAGGUUUAUGUGUAAGUCAAGAAGUCGACAAUCUCGUGCCCUUGAAGAUCAAAGGGCUGAUAUUGCAUCAUCCAUUCAUUGGUGGGGUCCAAAGGACUGGGUCAGAGAUGAGGCUAGUUGAUGACCCUCACUUGCCACAAUGUGUUAAUGAUCUUAUGUGGAACUUGGCAUUGCCUUCUGGCGUUGACCGUGAUCAUGAGUAUUGUAAUCCAAUGGUGGAUGGUGGAUCUAAGCUUUGGGAGAAUCUAAGAUUGCUGGGAUGGAAAGUACUGGUGACUGGCUGUGAUGGGGAUCCCAUGAUCGACCGUCAGAUGGAAUUUGUGAACAUGUUGGUGACAAGAGAUAUAAAAGUUUUGAGCCAUUUUAGCAAAGGAGGCUACCAUGUUGUAGAGCUUAAGGAGCCCUCUAAGGCCAAAACAUUACUUGUUCUUAUGAAAGAUUUCAUGUUUAAUUAA